ACAUGGUUGCAUCCUGUAGGUAAUGUGAGAGUACACAAGCGACUCACCUCUGAGACGAUAAAUAUUGUCGUAUCGGCUGAAAGACAACAGUAAGAGUUGUCGGAGCUCCAUGGCUCUCAGGGGUUGUGCUCGGCUCUUCAGAGACUCCGCCGUCCUCUCCAGACGGGUCGUGGUGUCUCCUCGACAGGAAAGUGCGUCAUGGCUGCUCACAGCAGGAAACGCUGCCUGCGGCCGAGGAGCGACGCCCGGAUUUAUCUUCACUCCUGCUUGUUUUAUUACAUCAGAGGCAUUUCUCAACAGACUGGUGAAAGGCAAAGCUGCAGAGGCAGACAGCAGUUUUUAUCGCCUUCCUGCCUCAGUUCCUCCGGACAGCGGAGAACAGAUUUCUUUGUUAAUGAGACAUCCAGAUCAGCCUGACAACUCAAAGAUUUUGAAAGUGGCCAUCAUAGGUGCCCCAAAUUCUGGGAAGUCCACAUUGACCAAUCAGCUCCUUGGCAGAAAGGUGUUUGCUGUUUCCAAGAAAGUCCACACUACGCGGUCUCGUGCCCUGGGCGUCCUAACAGAGGAUGAUACACAGAUAAUUUUACUGGACACUCCUGGUCUCACCACUGCAUCGAAGGUCAAAAGACACCACCUGGAGAAGUCUUUGCUUGUGGAUCCCUGGAACACAGUCAAAGAAGCUGACCUAAUGGUGGUCAUGGUGGAUGCGGCCGACAGAUGGGCACACAACAGGCUUGACUUAGAGGUGCUCAAAUGCCUGGCUCAGCACCCUGACAUCCCUGCAAUCCUGGUCAUCAAUAAGGUAGACCUGGUUGGGGUUAAGGACAGGCUGCUGAAUAUCACAGCAGUGCUGACAUGUGGAGUGGUGAACGGACACAGAAUGCGGGUCAGGCCACUGAUCAAACCUCCAUGGGCCGAAAAGAGGCCAAACAGCGAUUCAGAAUUCUCAGUUGACGAGGACACCGCAGGGCCUGAAGGCAGCGCCGAGCCGAACUCUGUGCUGAGCAAAGAGCAGCUGAAGGUUCUGAAGGGCCAGCAGGGCUGGCCUCACUUCAAGGACGUCUUCAUGCUCUCCUCUGUGGACAAAGAGGACGUAGACACGCUGAAGAGCUAUUUUAUGGCUGCAGCCAAGCCAGGAUCGUGGCAGUUCCACAGUGAGGUCCUGACAGACCAGAAUCCAGAGGAAGUCUGCACCAACAUCAUCAGGGAGAAGCUUCUGGAAUAUCUGCCCCAGGAAGUGCCCUAUUCAGUGACACAGUGUAUUGAACUUUGGCAAGAUGGAGAAAAUGAUGAGCUCGAUAUUUCUGUGAAAGUCUACGCCAAGAAAGACUCUCACAUGAGGAUGCUGAUCGGCCCGGCCGGCCAGACUGUAGUGCGGAUGGCCCGGGAGGCGGGUGAGGACCUGAGCCGGGUCUUCUUGAGGGAAGUAAAGCUGAAGCUCUCAGUCAAGCUGAGGAAGUGAAGAGGAUGGAAGGACUUCAGUGGUGAAAUCCUGAAGAGGUGAAGAGGUGGAAGAGGAUCCUGCGGGAUUUGAAAUGACUCUUGUAUUUUUCUCUGCAAAGGACAGACCUGAAGAGUCGUUGGCGAGAUAAGAUCUCAUGAUGAGUCAGACGUGGAGCUGCGAGGUGGCAUAUAUCCACAGUCCUGGAGCUCCCACUGAGAUUGGAAAGAAAUUGCUGUACUGUGAAGUUCGACUUGCAUCCUCUGCCUUCAUGCUUCAGCAGCAUCCUUUCAUGUCCGUCUCAUAAGGCGAUAUUAAAGAUGGACAGAUGUUACCAAUAAGCUGCUGUUAUUAUAGUGUUGGAAAACUGCCCCAACGUUGAAGAAUUUUGACAUUUCUAAACCAGUAAAGUGGAGAAAUUCUGUCAAAUAAAAGCAGCUUACACAAGCUGAAGAAUA